CUUGUUCUCAUUUGUUUCAUCGCCUGUUCCCCCAACCCGUCUCCAGUACCUGCAUCGUCCUCCUCUACAACCACACCCAACACAUAAUGCCAGCCAAGAAGCGAUGCCAAUUCCACCUCGGUACUGAUUCGCAGUGUUCUUCAGCCGCACUGAGAAUAGUUGGGUCCUGUCCUCAUUGCCAGGCUCAAUUCUGUGGUUCGCACCGUCUCCCUGAGCAGCACGAGUGCACCCACCUGCAGGACUGUCGGCAGCAGGCGUUUGAACGGAAUAAGACGAAGCUGGAGAGCGAAAGGACCGUUGCUGCGAAGAUCGCUGCGUCAUAACCUCGGUCGUAUGCCUUGUUGGACCGUAUCCGAGUCCCUGUACAACACAUCGGCCGCUGGCGACCACGCACACGCAUGACCGACAUAUUUCCGUCGUCGCACGUCCUCGCUUUCCCAACCACUCAGAUAUCUUCCAUUCACCGUCCCUCGCCAUAAUCACAUCACGAACUUCUUUAUGCCGUCUAAUACACACGGUCGUUUUCGUUGUUUCAUCUGCUUGCUUUCAUGGAAACCAUGUACUUAUUUUGUCGGAGGCCCAGUGGCUGUCUGGGGGAGAUCUGACUCCAUGUCUACGGAGACACACCAUCGCUUUUAGGUAGCUCUUACCCACUUUUAUUGUAUCACAUAAUGUAGAGUUUUGGCUGUAAUACAGGCGUUUCCUAUCUUCACAAGAUCUGGAAUGAUUUUUGGCCGGUUC